ACUUUUUUGGUUCGUUAAAAACUUUGAGGAAUAGAUGAUCGACAGUAGUUGUACUUGGAAAACCAAUUAUCUUGCAGCUUUUCAAAUCCAGGUUACUUUUUCUAAACAGUCAAGAACUUUACAAAGAAAGUAUGGACUACGAAUAGGGAACUUGAGAUGUCGAAAGAACUUUGCCGGCUUGAAGAUGCAGACAUACUAUAGAGAUAACGGAAAGGAUGGUCCCAGGAAGAGGGUUGUAGUGACAGGAAUGGGUGUAGUUUCCUGUUUUGGAACGGAUGUAGAUCUCUUCUAUGAUAACCUGCUUGCCGGAAAAAGUGGGAUAAAGCGGAUUGAGAAGUUUCCAGUUGAUGAAUAUUCAACAAAAAUAGGAGGCGAAAUAACACCUGAAAACUUUCAAGCCAAUAAAUACUUGUCCCCAAAGUUAGCAAGGAGAAUGGAUCCAGUUAUUUGCUAUUCUGUGGCGGCUUCUAAGUUGGCGUUGGAUCAUGCAGGUGUUGCUAUAGGUUCUGAAUCUUUUUCAAAGCUUCGAAAAGAACGUUGCGGUGUUAUCAUUGGAAGUGGAAUGGGAGGUUUGAUAUCUUUUACAGAUGGAGUUGGGAAACUUUUGGCAGACGAAUUCGAUAGAAUAUCACCAUUUUUUAUUCCUAAUUCAAUAUGUAACUUGGGUUCUGCAAUGGUUGCAAUUGAGACCGGAUUUAUGGGUCCCAACUAUUCCAUCUCAAGUGCUUGUGCGACGUCCAAUCAUGCGAUAAACAAUGCAGCAAUGCAUAUUCAACGAGGCGAAGCUGAAAUGAUUGUAACUGGAGGUUCUGAAGCUGCAUUGACUCCCAUUGGUCUUACUGGUUUUAUUGCUUGUAGAGCAUUAUCGAAACGAAAUGAAGACCCCACGAAAGCAUGCAGACCUUGGGAUACCGAAAGAGAUGGUUUUGUAAUGGGAGAAGGUUGCGGUGUUUUAGUUUUAGAGAGUUUAGAACAUGCUCUCAGGCGAGAAGCUCCUAUUCUUUGUGAAUAUCUUGGAGGUGCUCAUACUUGUGAUGCUUAUCAUAUCACAGAGCCUCACCCUGAAGGACACGGCGUGAUAAAGUGCAUGGAAUUGGCUGUGCAAGAUUCGGGUAUAAAUAUUGCAGAUGUAGACUAUAUCAAUGCCCAUGCAACGUCCACUCCAUUAGGAGAUAUUGCUGAGUUUCGGGCUAUUCGAUCUAUUUUUAAAGAUUACAAGGACCGAGUAAAAUUGAAUUCUACAAAGUCUUUAAUAGGCCAUGGUUUAGGUGCGGCAGGCGCACUUGAAGCAAUUGCAACUGUUAAAGCAAUACAAACUGGAAAGCUCCAUCCAACUUUGAACGUUGAAAAAUUGGAUCCUGAAGUAGAUAUGGACGUUGUUCCAAAUGUUGCCAAAGAACAUAGAGUUCGAGUAGCUAUGAGCAACUCUUUUGGGUUUGGCGGUCACAAUAGUGUAGUUGUGUUCGGUGCAUAUGAUCAAUAGUCUAAAAUAAGAUGGUUUCAUUUCCACCUUUUAAAUAUUUUCCAAAUGCUGUCUAUCAAAAUAUUUUUUUUUGGAUUGGCAAUGAAACGUAAGGGAAAUAG